AUGUACACCGCCCCGCAUCUCCAUCGGGAGGCGGAGUGGCCAGCAGCGCUGGAUGAGGCCGACCAGUCCGAGGAGGAACCCGUCCAACGAACCAAGUCUCGCCCUCGCAAGUCGCGUUACUUUGCUCUAGAACGCACCCCAAGUGAUUGGAGGAGCAACUUUGGAUCUCGCCGGGGAAAAGAGAAUAGGGAAAAUGCUCAGAAUGACGAACCCGACCCGCUUGGAGCUGGCGAUAGUGUCAUGCGCAUCCUGAAGCAGAGAGGGCUGCGCAUGGAGGAUGAAGGGGGUAAACGAUCACGGUUCCUGCUCUCCUCAACCUCGUUCUCGCCAGCCCUAUUUCUCUCCCAAGCACACCACUCGGACUCCAUCGAAUCGCUUAUCGACGGUCUAGACCACCUGUCGCAAUCCAUCGAUCAGAAGUCAGCUUCCCUGAAGGUACUGGUUGAAGCCAACUUCGAACGCUUCGUCCGUGCCAAAGCAACAAUCGACAGUGUAUACAAAGAAAUGAGAGACCAAGGAGUAUCAAAGGAGCAAACAUUGUCUGCUCGGCGGUCAGGGCACUUCCGGAGCUAUUCGGGUCAACAGCGGGGACCAUCGCCUGCUCCUGCCCCGGUAGUGACAGGAACCCGGAAGAAUGCGUUAACCAAGGAGAGCGAAUAUGGUAUGAAAGGAAUUCGUGGACCAUUGGUGGAGGCAUCUGUCAAGGCAGAAGAGGUCUGGGGUCCUGCCCUUGGAGGUCGUGAUCGAGAGCAGAUGUUGAAGUCGGUUGUUGACUCGAUGGAGAAACACCGCGAUGUCUACGAGAUUGGAAGCCAUUUAUUCAAAUCCAUCCAGCAACGCGACUAUGACUCGGUCUUUGAGCAGUAUACUAAAGCUCGAACGUUAGCGAACAGAGCACAGACUAUUGUGGAGCAGGCCUCCAGCUCCAAUCGACAAUUGGCCGACCAUGAAGCCCAUACUAUUUUGGCCAUGGGAAGAAUGUGGAUGGAUGUCGAUCAGCAGAUUCAAGCCUUUAAGCGCGAUCUCUGGAGACGACUCAGCGAUGCACCGACUACCUCAACUACGAGCACAGCGUCAGGUCCCGUCGAAGAGCAUAUGGAGCUGAUUGGUGCUUUGCUGGAACUGGGUGUCGAAAAUAACCCUAUCUGGACUUGGCUUCAUAGCCGCUAUAAUUUCCUUAAGCUCAAGAUCACUUCUUUCUAUGUCACGGCAUCAUAUCUGCGCCUGGCACCUCGCGAUGGUCCCUCGGAGUUCCCGGAGAGACUGGAUUCAGACCAUGUUAUUGAGCUGUGGGAUUGCAUUCAAGCGUUCCUCAGUCGUCUCCUUUCUUCACAAAGUGGACUACUUGGUGAAGCACUUGAUUUCUGGGAAGUCACGCAGUCGUUCAUUGACGGUAAUCGUCAAAGACUCCUUCCUGUCGGGUUUGAAGGAGAGAGUCGAAAGCACCACAAGUUAUCCCCUGAGAACGUGCAGGAGCUCGAGAAGGGCAUUGUCGAAAUCAUCAAUCUGAUUCGACAAAAUGUCCUCUCCCUGUUCAACGAACCCCCGACUGAAGAUAUCUCCCUUCUCUCCUCUCCCAUUCCACCGAGCCCAACUAGUCCGGCCUCCAGAGGCAUUACUCCGACCGAAUCCCGGUUCAAAUUGGAUCCCAAGAAUCUUCCAAUUCCAGUGCCCAGGCGAGGAGAACACUGGGAAGACUUUGCAUUCUGGCCUCCUUUCUCCAACUCUCUCAGCGGGGUGCACUACCUGAGCAAAUUCCUCACAACUGUUGGUACAGCUGCUAGUGAGAUGGCAGCGUUGCGUCCCGUGGGAAGCGCGGGUCCCACGCAUGAUCUUUUGAAGUCGCUUGUGAGCGUUGUUCGAGAGCGUGCGGCACGCGUGGCAUGCGAUGCAUGGAGCAAAGACGCUGAGAUUUGCAAGAUGCUGGAGGACUGGACGCGCGACUCAGAGAAACGAGACUUGACAAAGAUGCCGGGUUUAUUUACGGCUUUUGAAGGCGCCAUCCUCGGCGGUAUGCAGAAGAUUUUGUAUAUAUCUGAUGCUGCGGCGAAAUCUGGAUCGGUGGAUGUUGUCACUCAACCGCCUGCGAAAAUGCUUCAGAUGGUCCGCACUCAAUUUGUAUCGAGUGUCUACAAGGCAUUGAGUGGGCUGGUUGAGAACGCAGAACGUCUGGCUGCUUCGGACGAAGAAAAUGAAUGGGUUAUCUCUAGGCCAGUCAUGACCAGCCAAGUAAUUGAUGCUGCUUUGUCCGUCUUGAGUGCCGACUCUGUGGACUCUUCGAACAGGAAUGUGCGAAUUCUUCUCACGCUUUCAAAUCUUAAGGCUCUCCAAGCCGAGCAUGUUCCACAGUUGAUUGCGAACUUCGAAACAUCCUUCUCUGUCAAACUGACUGAGGAAGCAAAGACUGUUCGCGAUGUCCUCAGCCAGAUCGAGGAUCGGCUUUUCCAGUCAUACACAAAACCCACCAUUGCUGCCUUAGAUGAAACUAUCAAAGCUGGUAUCACCGCUGCGGACUGGGAGCCAUCAACCGAUCGGCCCGAGCAAGUUCGACCAUAUGUUUACAACACCAUGUUAACUCUGGUGUUGGUGCAUACCGAAAUUUCCACUACUAUACCGUCUACCGUGAAACCGAGCUCCAGUCGUUCAUCUCCAAGCGCCCCAUCAUCAUUAUUGGCCACCAUAUUGACGCAUCUCCUUGUGAAUGUCUCCUCAUCCCUUCUCAAUGCCUUCCGCUCUCGCCCCUCAUUUUCACUUGCCGCUUUGAUGCAGGCCACGUUGGACACCGAGUUCAUCGCCCAGACCCUGUCUCAAUACUCCACCGACGAAGCAUCAGAUAUACAAAGCCAGGUAUAUGUAGAACUGGAUCGCCGUACGACGAAUGAAGCCCGUACAAAACUCCAAGCGGAGUUGGGAGAGAUGAGAGUUGUCUUGAAGCGAUUGAGGGAUCGAACCAAGGGGGAGUUUGCUUGCUUCAAGAAGCCUAGGAGCGGCGGCUCCAAGCCAUCUACCUCAACAUAG